AUGUCGACAAUAAAACAGAGCUCCGUCGCGCGCUCUGCGCCCUCAACAUGGAACACGAAAGACCUGGGCAAGCGACUUGGUGUUGAUGUCGCCAGUGCAGCAACCGCGGGCGCGCUGACCUGUCCGUUGAUCACAAUCAUUGACCGUGCAAUCAUCGAAAAAGCAUCCAAAGGCUUUCCUAUCCAGCGAACAAUAACAAAUUGCCUCAAAUCAAUGAUCUCCAAACCAUCCGGCUUCUUCUUCAGCACUCCAUUCCUCCUCAUCUAUACCCUAUACAGCUCGACCUACCUCACAGCAAAUGCCAUCGACACACUCACCUCCACGAUGCGCAACCAGUCCUAUGACACCGUAACCCCAGGCCCUCUCAAAUUCAUCGCAACAACAACUGUCAACAUGGCAAUUUGCGUCUAUAAAGACGCGCGCUUCGCCAAGAUCUUCGGCGCCUCUCCUCCCCCGUCCCAACCAGCUCCCACAGCAGGCCAACCCCAACAAGCACCCUCUACUCUACGCGCCCCAGUUCCAUCCCCAGCACAGACACAGGCACCACCAUCAACAUGCCAUCCCCAUGCAGCCCCGGGCUCGACAUUAACAAUCCCCAAAUCCUCCUACACUCUCUUCUGCCUCCGAGACAGCAUAACAAUCUUCGCAUCCUUCAACAUCCCCGCCCUGAUCGCCCCUUCAAUACCAGACUUCGUCGCCUCAACCCCCGGCAUGAAAUCAACCCUUGCGCAGUUCUCAUGUCCGGCCCUCAUGCAGUUUGCCAGUACACCCAUGCACCUUCUCGGAUUGGAUCUGUUCAACCGCCAGCCUGUUGGCGGUCUCCCCUGGACGGAUCGUAUGGCGCGUAUUCGCCGCGACUAUGUCCCAGCCUGCUUUGCGCGCAUGGGCAAAAUUGUCCCUGCUUAUGGUAUUGGUGGUGUGGUGAAUGUCAGAUUGAGGGAUUGUUUGAUGAAGCGUGUUGAGAACCGCGCUUAA